UAAACCUCAUCAUUAAGCUCAUGAUCAUAAUCAUUGUCAUGAUUAUUGUUAAAUUUAAAAAAAUAAUUUAAAAAUAAUAAAUAAAUAAAUAAAUAUUUACAAAUGCAACGAGAAAUGCUAAAAAAGCAAAAACAACUAAAUAAAACGCUAAAAGUUGUUGUUGUUGUUUCUUAGUGUGUAGUAGCUAGCAGUGGUGCAAGUGCAAGUACAAGUGCCAGUAGUGUAGUGUCAAUAUUAUUUGCUUAAUUUGCUUUUACAUGAAAUGGCGAACUUGACAGACCUUGACCAAUUGGUUCAAGGGAUGUCGGGGUGUGAUCAAAGCACUGUCGAAUCAUUGGCUGAAGAUCCAACAGGUUCACCAUUUGAGGUCGAUGAUUGUCUUAAGGUUCGAAAAUAUUAUUGCUUUCUGCUCUCCAGCAUUUUCACAUUUCUUACUGGAGUAUUCAUCGUUAUAUGUUGGAGGGCAUUCGCAUUUAUAUGCUGUCGCAAAGAGCCCGAAUUGGGACCAAACGAUCCCAAACAAAAAGAGCAGAAAGCGUCACGAAACAAACAAGAGUUCGAAGGGACUUUUAUGACAGAAGCAAAAGAUUGGGCUGGUGAGCUUAUAUCAGGACAAACCACAACUGGUCGUAUAUUGGUCGUACUCGUAUUUAUACUCAGUAUUGCAUCACUCAUUAUAUACUUCGUUGAUGCAUCUAACGAAGAAGUCGAAAGAUGUCAGCCAUGGAGUACUAACAUUACUCAACAAAUCGAUCUUGCAUUCAAUAUAUUUUUCAUGGUUUACUUUUUUAUACGAUUCAUAGCGGCGUCCGAUAAACUUUGGUUUAUGUUAGAAAUGUACAGUUUUGUAGAUUAUUUUACAAUACCCCCGUCCUUUGUAUCAAUAUAUUUAGAUCGAACAUGGAUCGGUCUUCGAUUUCUGCGAGCACUGCGUCUUAUGACGGUACCGGAUAUAUUGCAAUAUUUGAAUGUUUUAAAAACAUCCAGCUCCAUACGUUUGGCGCAAUUGGUAUCAAUUUUUAUAUCCGUAUGGUUAACAGCGGCUGGUAUUAUACAUCUGCUGGAAAACUCUGGCGAUCCGCUGGAUUUUAAUAAUGCACAUCGUUUACCCUAUUGGACCUGUGUCUAUUUUCUAAUUGUAACCAUGUCAACUGUAGGAUAUGGUGAUGUAUACUGUGAGACUAUUUUGGGAAGAACAUUCCUAGUGUUUUUCUUACUCGUUGGUUUGGCGAUAUUUGCAAGUUGUAUACCUGAGAUUAUAGACUUGAUUGGAACAAGAGCCAAAUAUGGGGGCACAUUAAAAAAUGAAAAGGGUCGAAGACAUAUUGUGGUCUGUGGUCACAUCACGUACGAAUCGGUGUCACAUUUUCUCAAGGAUUUUCUGCACGAAGAUCGUGAAGAUGUCGAUGUUGAAGUGGUAUUUUUACAUCGAAAACCACCCGAUUUGGAACUAGAAGGUUUAUUUAAACGUCAUUUUACAACAGUGGAAUUUUUCCAAGGCACUAUUAUGAAUCCCAUCGAUCUACAAAGGGUUAAGGUUCAUGAAGCUGAUGCCUGUUUAGUGCUUGCCAAUAAAUAUUGUCAGGAUCCAGAUGCUGAAGAUGCUGCCAAUAUUAUGCGUGUCAUUUCAAUAAAGAAUUACAGUGAUGAUAUCAGAGUUAUUAUUCAAUUAAUGCAAUAUCAUAAUAAGGCUUAUCUAUUAAAUAUUCCAUCGUGGGAUUGGAAACAGGGUGAUGAUGUCAUUUGUUUGGCUGAGUUAAAAUUGGGUUUUAUCGCACAAAGUUGUUUAGCUCCUGGAUUUUCUACAAUGAUGGCGAAUCUGUUUGCUAUGCGUUCAUUCAAAACCUCACCAGAUACUCAGGCCUGGCAAAAUGAUUAUCUUCAAGGUACAGGGUGUGAGAUGUAUACAGAAACCCUAUCACCUUCAUUUACCGGCAUGACAUUUCCACAAGCCAGCGAAUUAUGUUUUUCGAAAUUAAAACUAUUAUUGUUGGCAAUCGAAAUCAAGGGCAAUGAAGAUGGAGCCGAUAGUAAAAUCUCUAUUAAUCCUAGAGGCGCUAAAAUCCAAGCGAAUACACAAGGAUUUUUCAUAGCACAAAGUGCAGAUGAAGUAAAAAGAGCGUGGUUCUAUUGCAAAGCCUGCCAUGAAGAUAUUAAAGAUGAGACUUUAAUUAAAAAGUGCAAAUGUAAAAACUUGGCAGUUCAACCCCGGAACAAGUUUGAUGAUUUAGAUGUGGGCAUGAUUAUGAUGCAGACCGGAAUGGUGAAUCAAGGCAUAUCCUCAGUCAUUAGCCAAAUGGAGGUGGCCACAUUCAGGAAAGGCGUCCGAGCCGUACAAAUGGUAGGACGUGCAAGUGAUAUAGCCAGAGAUCGUGAAGACAUGAAUCUACUAAAUCGCCAUACACGACGGCCGAAUGGUUCAACUGGCAUGGGACCAGGAAAUGGUACAACAGGCCUACAUGCUGGCACCGUUAAGCAGGUGAACAAAGUAAAACCAACUGUAAAUAGACAACAACUAGAGGGACAAGUCAUGUCACCAUCCCAGUACAAUCGGCCUCCCGAAAAUGAAGCUAAUCCUUAUGCGGGCUAUCAACUUGCUUACGAAGUUAAAAAGCUCAUGCCCACGAGUCGUAGCGCGGGUACCUCACAAAAUCAAAAUGGAGGUGUAUCACUGCCGGCCGGUAUAGCGGAUGAUCAAUCGAAAGAUUUUGAUUUUGAAAAGACCGAAAUGAAAUAUGAUUCAACGGGUAUGUUCCACUGGAGUCCCGCCAAGAGUCUAGAAGACUGUAUACUGGAUCGUAAUCAAGCGGCCAUGACAGUUUUAAAUGGUCAUGUCGUUGUAUGCCUUUUCGCCGAUCCUGACUCGCCUCUGAUUGGUUUACGUAAUUUAGUCAUGCCUCUGCGUGCUUCAAACUUUCAUUACCAUGAAUUGAAGCAUGUGGUCAUUGUGGGAUCAGUUGAUUACAUAAGGCGGGAAUGGAAGAUGUUACAAAAUCUGCCGAAAAUUUCGGUGUUAAAUGGCUCUCCGUUAAGCAGAGCCGAUUUAAGAGCCGUAAAUGUUAACCUAUGCGACAUGUGUUGCAUACUAUCGGCCAAAGUUCCUAGCAAUGAUGAUCCUACAUUGGCCGACAAAGAGGCUAUUUUGGCAUCAUUGAAUAUUAAAGCCAUGACUUUCGACGACACCAUCGGAGUGCUGAGUCAACGGGGUCCAGAAUUCGACAAUCUUACGGCAUCCGCGGGCAGCCCGAUAGUGUUGCAGCGUCGCGGUUCCGUAUACGGGGCAAAUGUCCCAAUGAUAACAGAACUUGUCAACGAUAGUAAUGUGCAGUUUCUCGAUCAAGACGAUGACGAUGAUCCCGACACCGAACUCUACCUAACACAGCCAUUCGCUUGCGGCACAGCAUUUGCCGUCAGUGUCUUAGAUUCGUUAAUGUCCACGACAUAUUUCAAUCAAAAUGCCUUGACCUUAAUAAGAUCGUUGAUAACUGGAGGAGCCACACCGGAACUAGAAUUGAUAUUGGCCGAAGGAGCGGGCUUAAGAGGAGGUUAUAGUACGCCGGAAAGUUUAAGUAAUAGAGACAGAUGCCGAGUGGGUCAAAUUUCAUUGUAUGACGGUCCUUUAGCUCAAUUUGGUGAAUGUGGCAAAUAUGGUGAUUUAUUUGUGGCUGCCUUGAAAUCGUAUGGCAUGUUAUGUAUUGGCCUCUACAGAUUUCGAGAUACUAGCUCCAGUUGUGAUGCCAGUAGCAAACGUUAUGUCAUAACAAACCCACCCGAUGACUUUUCACUACUGCCAACAGAUCAGGUAUUCGUUUUAAUGCAGUUUGAUCCGGGUCUGGAGUAUAAACCACCAGCGGUGCGUGCGCCUACUGGCGGUCGCAGUACCACAACACAAGGCUCCGGGGUCGGUGGGGGCGGUUCAAAUAAGGAUGAUAAUUCCUGAUUGUUACUGUGUAGCGCCUUAACUGAUGGUCCUUACUCGUACAUUUGAACGUUGGAGAUUUCUUUUAUGCACAAACUGACACAAUUUUGGCAACAAACCAUAGGCACAUUAUUUAAACAAAUUAGGCAGAUACUGCAUCUUAUUAAGCAGAAAUAACUAAAUUAUUCAAUUCUAUCCGAAACAAACAAACAAAAUAUCGAAAUUUUUUAUAUUAUUAUUAUUAUAGUUAUCGCCAAAAAUGUGUCUUUUUGUGUAUUUUAUAUUUACUUAAACAUGAUUAAAAAAAAAAACAAACUUAAAGCGCAACACAAAACGGGAAUACAUAAUGACAAAUUUGUAUUCUUUUUAGAGAAUUUAAAAAAAGAAUUAACUACAAAUAAACCUAACAAAAUAAUCAUGUUUAACUAAAUAUAUUAUUCAUUAGAACAAGAAUAGAAAACAAAUCUCUUAAACAAAAUUAACCAACCAACGUUCAAUUGUUAAAAUUAUUGCUUCCCACACCAUUCCGUUAGCCCUAUUUAGAACCUCAACUAACAUGACAUUUUAGUUACUUUAAAUCCCGUAAUAAAUCUAUCUAUCUAUCUCUCUCUCUCUCUCUAUCAUUAUAUAACUCUAUCACUAUCUUUCUAACCCUUUCAAAUGCUUACUUGAAUUAAUGUUUAUAUAAUUUCUUGAUUUUAAUAAUUAGUUAGUUUAUUUUAAAUAUUUUAUUAGUUUUAAAUACCCCAAAAAAAAUGUUAUGUUUUUUCAAUAUUAUGAAAUAUUUUAGUUGUAGCCGUAUUGCUUGAUCAAUUGUUUUUAAGUUGUUGAUUACAAUUUUAAUUUUCAAUUACAUAUUAUAUAUUUUUGGAAUUAUUUUUAUCAAUAAACUUUUCUUUUAUUUUAUUCUCAUGA